AUGCCCGCCCAGGAUCCUCCCAUCGACGACCCCUCGCAGCGCCAGAAGCGAUGGACGCCCCGAGUCCGGACGGGCUGUUACACAUGUCGCACGCGCCGCAUCAAAUGCGACGAGGCGCAGCCAACUUGCAAAAGAUGCCGCAUCAGAGGGAUCCGGUGCGACUACCCGCUACAGCCGCGGCACCGGCCGCAGGCGAGGCUGUCGCUCACCGUCCUCCAGCCUCCCGAGUGGGCCUUUUCCGAAGCCCUGCGCUAUUCGUACGUCGCAGAUCUUACAGUUACUCUCAAGCCGCAGGCGGCAAGCUCUUUCAAGAUGACCUCGCCGGAGGACCACUUGAAAAAGUACCGGCCCGACAUGCACAUUUCGCGGCAAGAGUCGAUCCCAUCGUUUGUGAUGCUCGUUAUUCACUCGCAUAUUACGGAUAUUUGCCGGGCCAAUAAGAUACGAUGCGAGCCGGGGUCAUGGCCAGCCAUUAAUCACUUGUGGCGCAUGUUUUUCGAUUACAUGGCCAAGGCGAUUCAAUAUCUAAACCAGUGCAUCGCUGCCGAUUUCCCGCCGCGGUAUAACCUCUACAGGAUUGUUGAUCUGCUAAGCAUCGAACUGGACAUGGUAGACUCGACGUUUUGGCAGGCGCACUGUAAAGGGUUUCUGGCACUCGUAGAAGCAUAUGGGGGUGUAGAUGCCGUCAUCAAAUCCGCCGAUAAUCCUUCUCCCAUAUUAGCCUUGCAGUUUGUCUUCAUCCACGGACUUGUAUGCAACACGGCUGGCCCAGUGGAAGAGCAAAUCAACGAAUUUGACAGGUUCAAGGAGGCUGAGAUCCUGCGCAUUUACUCUGACAUGUACUUUCGCGUCUUUCCCUGCCCGAGCUGCCUCUUCCUCAGCAUUGUCCGUGUCACGCGCCUGCGCGUCCUCGCCGCCAGCCUCGGCCCCUCGUCGCCCGAACUUGUGUCCGCCGCGGAGGAGACAUGCGCCGCGGUGUACGGCUUUGCGCCAGACCGCUGGACAGAAGAGUACACAUUGCCGUCGGACCCUAAAAUCUACACGUUUGCACGCGUCUUUCAGGCCACCACCAUUCUCUAUGCGCUGCUCUCGCUGCCACACGCCCUCGCGCAGCCGUUUCGCCGCGUGGAAGCCGCACGCGGUCGAAAUGCGCGGCGACACUACCGCCGAGUGCUCAUAGACUCCAUCGAAAAGGCAAGCAAGGUCCGCAUGGGCUUGGCGGGCAUGUGCUGGCCGCUGGCGGUGCUGGGCGCGGCGCUGCAUGACGGCGCGCCCGAGGAGCAGGCGGCGGUGAUGGGUUGGCUGCGGGAAAUGGAGACGCUAUCGACCGUGGCAUCAGGGCCGAUCUUACUGCAGAAGCUGCUGCCGGCAUUUUGGGCGUCGGGGAAACGUGGCUGGGAGGAUUGUUUCGAUAAGCUUUCGCAGAUCGCGGCGUAG